ACCAGGCUUGGCCGCCGCCGCUGCGGCCCGCAGAUGUAGCUGGUCCUCUUGGUUCCGGCUCCGUCUGCGCUGCAGGGCGGCGGCCCGCGGCUGCUGCUACCGCCACGGGACUGAUUCCUCCUGAUAACCUGUCCAAAGUAUGUGAGACGAAGUCUCCCCAUCCUUGCUUCUAAGGAGCAUUCCGGCUGUGCUGCUUCCAAGAGAUGAUUAGUCCAUUCUUCUGGCAGUCCAUGAAUGGCAGAAUAUAGUGACAUUUGGAAGCUUUUCAAACGUGGUUCCCUGUAGUCACCCAUACAUUUGUACACUGAAUCAAGUAAAGUUAUACUCCACAAAUAUUCAGAAAGAAGGACAGGGAUCACAAACUAUGAAAGCAGAAAAAGUACCAACAUUUGAUGAAACAGUUUACCAAGCAUGACGUCCUUCUGUGGGAAUUGAUCCUUCCUGAUAACAUGUACAAACAGAAAAUAUAGGUGCAGAACUCAAAGCUCCACUUAUUAAGCAAGAACCUCUUCAAGUAAGGGAUAUCAUUGAAUGCUGAAGGAAUCUCUGUUUGCAGCCCUGCUUUAUAUCAAGAGCUAUGGCUCCCAUCUCCAAAGCAGUGCAUUUCAUGGAGGCAGUAAAUCUAUGUGAUGAGGAGUACCAUGUUUGGGUCAAAGCAGUCCUUAAGAAGAGGGAAUAUGGACCAAAGUAUACUCAGAAUAAUUUCAUCACUGGAGUUAGAGCAAUAAAUGAAUUCUGCCUUAAAUCCAGUGAUCUAGAACAACUUCGAAAAAUCAGACGACGAAGUCCUCAUGAAGAUACUGAGUCCUUUACUGUAUACUUGAGAUCAGAUGUGGAGGCAAAAUCUUUGGAAGUUUGGGGAAGCCCUGAAGCUCUUGCCAGAGAGAAAAAACUGCGUAAAGAAGCAGAAAUAGAAUACAGAGAACGACUAUUUAGAAAUGAAAAAAUAUUAAGAGAAUACAGAGACUUCCUGGGAAAUACCAAGCCACGCUCCAGAAUAACAUCGGUGUUUUUCAAGGGACCAGGAAAGGUGGUGAUGUUUGCCAUUUGCAUCAAUGGAUUAAACUGUUUCUUUAAAUUUCUUGCCUGGGUUUAUACGGGUUCAGCAAGCAUGUUCUCAGAAGCUAUACAUUCACUAUCUGAUACAUGUAAUCAGGGUUUACUGGCAUUGGGCAUCAGUAAGUCUGUUCAAACACCAGACCCUACGCAUCCAUAUGGAUUUUCAAAUAUGCGCUAUAUUGUUUCACUAAUUAGUGGUGUUGGUAUUUUCAUGAUGGGUGCAGGACUGUCUUGGUACCAUGGAAUCAUGGGAUUGCUUAAUCCUCAACCUAUGGAAUCUCUUCUAUGGGCAUAUUGUAUUUUAGCAGGAUCAUUGGUAUCAGAAGGAGCAACACUUCUUGUUGCUAUAAAUGAACUUCGUAGGAGUGCCCAGGCCAAGGGAAUGUCAUUUUACAAGUAUGUAAUGGAAAGUCGUGAUCCUAGUACGAAUGUUAUAUUAUUGGAGGAUACUGCGGCAGUCUUGGGUGUGACAAUAGCAGCUACUUGCAUGGGUCUUACUUCUAUAACAGGCAAUCCGCUGUAUGACAGCCUAGGUUCUUUGGGUGUAGGCACCUUAUUAGCAGUGGUCUCAGCAUUCCUCAUACACACCAACACAGAAGCACUUUUAGGACGAUCCAUCCAGCCAGAACAAGUACAGCGGCUUACUGAACUACUGGAGAAUGACCCAUCAGUAAGGGCAGUUCAUGAUGUUAAAGCAACAGAUCUGGGAUUAGGUAAAGUGAGAUUUAAGGCAGAAGUAGAUUUUGAUGGACGAGUUGUUACAAGAUCAUAUUUGGAAAAACAAGAUUUUGACCAAAUGCUACAAGAAAUUCAAGAAGUGAAAACUCCUGAAGAGCUAGAGAUCUUUAUGCUUAAACACGGAGAGAAUAUUAUUGAUACUUUAGGAGCUGAAGUAGAUAGACUUGAGGAGGAACUGAAGAAACGAAAUCCUGAAGUUCGACAUGUAGAUUUGGAGAUACUAUAAAUUGGAUGGAAUGAACCACCUUGCUGGGAGCACUGGGAACAAUUUGUCAGGUCGCUCUACAAAGCCACAGAGAGAUGUCAGACCCUUAUCUACUAUCCCUCAUGAAGGAGUCAGCGCCAUUCAAAAGCCAUUCUUUUAAGAUGGAGGAAGUAUUUUAUGUAAAGGGCAAGUCAACAGGCCAUAGAACUAAAACUACUUUUGGGAGACACACUACAAGUUGAAUCAAUUUGGAAAUCAUGUAUUUAUGUUUCCAUAGGGAGCAUUUUAGUUUCUUAAGUUGUUCAUAAUUUCUUAUUUUAGCCUGUCAGGAUGUGUUAUACCUUGCAAUCAUGUUUCCAUUCUUCAUGUUGUUAAAGUAAGUGGCAUCUGUAGGAUUAUGGUUUUGAAUUUUGUUGCCUCUGAAGACUUCACUCCAUCAAAAUCUGCCAAUCUUGAAUACUCUAGCUAGGUCUAGAUUGUGGUUUUUAAACAGCCACUCCAUUUCAAAGUCUGUCUUAUACAGAGUAUGAACAUUAUUUCUACAUACCUGGGUGCUAAGAGAAACACUCCUCAAAUAUAGGCAUCCAUAAAUGUUCAUUCCAGAAAUGGCUUAGUUACUGAAUUAAAUGAAGACAUUCAGUGUACUCUUUAGGUCAUGGUAGUUGCCAUUUUGUAAUAUUUCUUUUUUGCUUUUUCCCCGUAUUUGGUUUAAUUUUUCUAAUGUUAGGAAUUAUAACCCUAGAUGUUUCCAUGGGCCAGUGUGAAAGCUGAUUUGUUUUUUUUUUUAAACUGGCUUCAGUGCCAUAAUAUGUAUCUACUAGGAGAUAAUGCAUUUAUAAGCAUUUUUAUAGUCUGUAAAAUGGACUAGAAAUAUUUAUAAUUUCACAGACAGAACAGCAUUUUAUUUUUAAUUUAUUUAAAGAGAGGCACUACUUAUGUAAAUCUGAGCUGUAGGAUAUUUCUUUGAAGUGACCCCAGAGAGACAAAUGAAUCUCUUAUACUGAAACUUGCAGUCAUGAUUUUGUGUACUAUCAUAGUCAAUAGUAUGUCUAUAACAUGAGUUUCUUCAUUUACAAAAUGGUUGUUUACCAUAAUAUAUUGACUAUAACAUAUUAUUUAAGUAGCUUUCUAAUAACCAUGAGGUAUCAAGGCAAAAAAACAUUCAGUUCAGUAAUUACAGCUGUGUACCAAUUCACCAAAACAACUCGUACGCACUUUGAAAUGUUCAGAUAGCAGUAAGCAUUGUUCACGCCAGGGUGGUAGUUGGUGAUAUCUUUACAGGGUAAAUGUGUGCUUGGCAGGAGGUUCUCACAACUUGUGUGAAGUCAGUGUCUUAAAACUGACUUAGAUUCAAGUUUAUGAAUGACAGCAAAUUGUAAUUCUGGCAACAAAAAAUAAACAUUUAAUUAAAGGGUUUGUAAUGGCAGUUUUUGAUAUAGAAAUGUCACUUACCAGAAGAUUGUAAAAAUUUAUAUUAGUGUACUUUUUUUUUCUAACCAUUACAGAAAAUUUUGCGUGCUGCACCUUUUAAGUGAAAUAACAUUCCAGUUUUAUUUUUAGGACAUAAAAAUAAGAACCAUAAAAACAGGGUUGCUAAUUCCUCAACCUUUUUAAAAAACUUUGUUUUUACACAUUAUAGUUCUAUCUUCUCCUUCUUUCCUGCCUGCCAUCUGAUAUUCCAUGUCAUUGUCAUCUGGGAAGGUAACAAAAUUAUUGUCUUUUCCCGAGUAAUAACUUUCUCUGAGUAAAAUUGCUCUGUAAAAUUUCACAAAGCAGGACAAAAAUAAUGAACUCAUUUUAAAAAAGAAUAUCAAGUUGAUGUGCAGAAGUUAUUCCAAAGUGGUAGAUUUUUUGACAAUUUCAUAAAAGAAGCCAAUUCUUGAUAUUUCUUUGAGUUUUGUAGUCUAGUUUUUAGUUGAGGUCUUACCUGUUCUUUAAUAAUAAUUAAGGCUUAUGUUGCUGUAUUUUUUUCUGCAUUGAUAUUUUAAAUUUUAUUUAAGUAAAAUUUGACAAAAAAAUUACAGUAUGUGUAGGAAUUUGUUUAUAUGGAAUCAGAAAAUGUAUGCCAUCAUCGGUUCAUGUUUUUUCAAGACAAAUUUGAAUUUUAAAAUGAGGGAAUUUAGGCCACUUUUUUUAUAAGUAAGAUAAUACCCAGUUUGGAAGGGUUUCUUUUUUUUUUUUUCCAAAUUAAUGCCUCUUUGUGAAGUCUUGUUCUGAUGCAUAGCAUUUGAGUAUUUAAGCAUAUAAACCUUAAUAUUUUCAAGGAAAAUGUCUCUGUAGUAGAAUAAUUAGGAAAUGUGUUUUUUUCUGGGUUUGAUGUUGAACAGAGGAGGGCAGUCAAGGGUCCAUGACUUAUACUUGGCCUAAGCUGAAAUCUGGGAACUAUCAAAGGCUAGGUAUAGCUGCUUUCACCUUUGGCCUAGAAGGGGUCUGUAAUCAGUUGUAACUUGCAGGCUCCAUACUAUGUAAGGCACAUUUGUACAGUGUGACAGUGGGAAGAUGAGGGAUGGAGGCCUAUUUUAAGUAGACCAUCAUGGCAGUCAGUAGUACCCAGUUCCAAAGAGGGAUGUUUCUGAACAUAUAUGGAGGAACGUGUGAAAAAGCAUCAAACUGGAAAAUUUUUGAAAAAUUUGAAAAACGAAGUUAAUCCCCGUAAUCCCUCCCCACUUGCAAAUCACCCAAAAUAACAACAUGGCAUAAGACUUGAAUUCUUGGUACAUGGUUUCCAGUGUUACCUUAAUUAUCUCAUAAUUUGAGUAAUGCUUUUUGCUAAAAUUAUACCAUCUAAAGGAAUGGCUUAAGUUUUAAAUCUGAUAAGUUUUUGAGAUAGAAUGUUGGAAACUACAGAAAACUGCACAGACUUAAAAUUUGUAUUGUCUUUCUUAGAUUGCAUUUGCCAACCUUUGGCAGCAUUUCUUUUAAAUGUGAUGACCCCUAAAUUUGCCAAACUGUCAGAAGUCAGUGAAGCAAAGAAUUGAAGGUAAAAUGUUGAUUCAAAGAUUGUCUCCCUUAAAUCCCUUAUCCUGUCUCUGAAAUUAAACUUUUGAAGGAAUUCAUAUAAAA